AUGAUUCUGUUUGGAGUACUAAUUGCCUACAUAGGCAUUUUCGUCUUCUCGAAUGAAGUCGAGUACAAGCGGAAAUGUAACCCGAUUUUCCUGUUGUUGAGUACUCGUUUUACUCAAAGAACUGUUGACUUGGUUUAUGUGAUAAAAAGCAUUUUCUGUCUUAUUGCUCUGAUUUUGAACAUUAUUGGCAUGAUGAGGGCAUUGUCGAUCAUCGAUCUCGAAGAAUCGACUUAUGUUUUUCUCACAGCCGACAGCAUCUCCCUGAAUCUCUACACAGCCUUCACAUGUGACAAUCUCCGCAAGAAACAAUGGCAACAAUACUCGUAUUUCCAGGCGCUAAUCUUUGCAUCAGCUGGAGCUGCUUUAUCAAUUUUGCUAAAUAACGUUGAUAUCGGUGCUGAUUGGGAGAAUCAAUCGUUUUUCCAAGAUCUUCCCUGGUACACGAUUCUUUAUGGAAUGUACUCGAUUCAAACCGGCAGCAAUUUUGUCGUUUACAGGAAAUUGAAGGAAUCCCAUCACACCCCAUUGAGAGUGAUUUGUUUGGGUAUCUCGAAACGGUUGUUGGCGAUCGAUCUGAUGUACUUGAUCACCAAUCUCAUUUUAAAAACAAUUGGAGUGCUGUUGCGGUACACCGAUUAUCAAGAUUUCUGUCAAUUUCUAGUGAUUCUCAUUGAUUUUUUCGAUAACGGCUUUUAUUUGGUCGUUGUUGGUCUGCUCACCAUUCUCUUUGUCCGUCAACCGGCUCCAAUCAAACCGGGCGAGCAGCAGCCACUCAAAAUGCCCUAUUCGCCCGUUGCGCAAAAGAAAAAUAAGAAA